AGUGCAAGUGCAUUUUUAAAAGUGCGUAGUGUGUGUGUUUGCUCCCGCGAGCUCACGUGUGUGUUUGUGCGGUGUGUGUGUGUGUGUGUGCAUAUUAACGGUGUUUAGCAGGAUUCGACCUUCCCCGCGCAUUUCCGCCUGUUGCUGUACCGGCUAUUUUAAAGUUCUUAUCAAAGUGUGCGUGCGUGUGUGUCUGUUUAUUUUUUGUUAGUUUAAUUUGUUGAUUUUAUUUCGCGAGCGCCAAGUGCAUUACGGUGCAAAACCGCAGUAGAUUGCUAAAGAGAAGAGGAAAAGUCUUUUUGUAAAAGGUUGAUUCGUUGUACGGUAAUAAUGGCAGUACCGAAGGCGGCCGGCAACGGGGCGUCCCUGCUCCGUUCCUGUCACAUGCUGUUGGCGCGGGCCGAAGGACACAGGGGUGGUGGUGCCCUACUCAACAGCUUAGCUAGGAAUCAAUCGUGGAGGAAGGAGACAGCACUGAUUGUAUGCGCCAGUCGCCGGUACUCCACCACCGCCACAGUAGCCGCCAGCGGCGGAUGCAGCAAUCGAGGCCCCAGCAGAAGCACCCGAAAACCCAGCAUCAUCAUCGAAGGUGGUGUCGUCUGCCGCGCAUACAGCAGCACUUCCAGCAACAGUGGUGGUGCCGUGAGCAGAAGACAUAUUAGCAGCAGUAGCACCAGUAGUAGCAGCAGUGCAUCCAGCACCAACACCAGCAAUGCUCCCGAAGAAGUAAGCGUGCGGUACUAUCGCGGACUGCCCCACGUCACCGUGCCACUGCCCUCGCGGAACGAGCGCUGCCAGUUUACGCUGCGACCGGUAACGCACUGUGUAGGCGACUUUCUCGACAUGCUAAAGGUGGAGGACCGUGGCAUCGACCGGGCGGCCAUUCUCAAUCGCGAAGGCGUCCGGAUAGCGGCCGCCUGCUCCAUCGAGAACCUGAUGGACGACGAGUUUUGGUUGCAUUUGAACGAUCGACAAUACUACGUUAAGCCACCGAAGCGUGAAAAAAUUACCUCAGAAGAAAUCACUAGACUAGGCGACGUACAGGCACUCGUGGCACAGCUGUACGAGGCGCUGCACGUGGGCGAACAUCAGGUGCAGAAGGAGCGCGAACUGAACGGCAAGCUGGAGCAAUUGAACGAGAAGCUCGGCCCAUUGGAAGCGAAAAAGAAUGAACUCGACCAGAAAGCGGCCCGCAAAACGAAUGCCCUGACCUGGGUCGGGCUGGGCCUGAUGUCGGUACAGUUCGGUGUGCUCGCCCGGCUUACCUGGUGGGAAUACUCCUGGGACAUUAUGGAGCCGGUGACGUACUUCGUCACGUACGGUACGGCGAUGGCCGCGUACGCUUACUUCGUGCUAACGAAGCAGGAAUAUCUGCUCCCGGACGUGAAGGACCGCCAGCAUCUGAUCACGCUGCACAAGGCGGCCAAGAAGGCGGGCGUCAAUCUGGCCGAGUACAACGACAUCAAGCGGCAGAUCGCGGAGAUCGAGCACGAUCUGCGCCGGCUGCGCGACCCACUGUACAUGCAUCUGCCGGCGCCGCCGCCAAAGACGAAAACGUUCAGCGCAAGCGAGAUUGCGUUCGCGAAAAAGCAGCAGCAAAAGGCCAGCCUCGAGCUGCAGCAGGCCGCAGUGGGCGUCGGUGGCGAUUCGGUGCUCAAAACUAAACACUAACUCCCCCGGGGUACACACGACGUAAGGAUUGUUGUAUAGUGUUCAGCACUUCACGGGGGAGAAAAAGGAGCAAGUCUUUAGCUAGUUGCGCUGUAAUGGUGAGUUUAUCGAACAUAUUUGUACGGGAAAGGCGGAGAGCAGCAAGAGGUGUGCCCACAAAAGGUGUAAAGAAACAAUGAAGACAAGAAAUGGUUGUAAAAAAAAAACACAGGGCCCGAACGCGCUGCAAUCCAGCGUGCGAAAUCCAGCCACAAUCAAUUUAAAGCAGAAAAUCAACCAAGCUACUACUACAUCGACAAUGGAGAUAGGUUGGAGCACAUUUAAGAAGCGCACAAAUGUAAGGGAAACGAUUGAAAAACGGCUGCAGCAAGUUGGGGAAAGGUGUAAAAGUGCUUACGAAAACAAAAACGACAAAUCUUGCUGCAGUUCAGAGUGCCUAAAAGGCCCUUGUUCUUCUUUACACUAUGCCUCACAAUCAACAAACAGACACACUACCAUUGCAGAGGAAGGAGGCCAGUACUUAUAUCCGCACACAGGCAGACACACCCUCCGCAACCUUUACAUCACGCUAGGAAAGUGUGUCAUCAGUCCCCCAGCUACCCCGCAUUGACCCCGAAUUGGUUGAAAUUGUGUUUUUAAAAUGUUUCUUAUUGUAAUCGUAUUAGUGUUUAUCUCUUAACUACCUUUGUGUUACCCUUUGUUUUUGCAAUGUUUUUUUGUCUCAAUGUUAAAUUAUACUUCCAAUUUUUUAAGAAUAUUUCUUACCAGUAAAACCCCUAUAUGCAAUAGCACAACGAUUCUGUGCAUCUCGUAAAGCUCACGUUAAGGUUUUAGAUUGUUAUUUUACCUUACAACAAUGAAACGGCAAAAGCAUGGAAUAGGCGUGUGUUUCGGUUUUACAUUUUCGUGUGUGCUUCUUCAGUUUAAGGAAUCUCAAUACACCUGCAGCAGAAUGUCCCUUGUUUUGUUGUGUUGUGUAUUUUUGUUUUAAGCUAAACCCAUUUAUGCAACGCACACCGACGCGAGCGAACGUUGGACGAAAGAUCUGAGGGCUUACUUAAAGUUAGGCACAACAAAAAGCAUACAGGAGCAGACGUUCAAUGUGUGUGUUUUAUAGAGAAAAAAUGUGCAACCGCUUAAUGUGUAUCUUUUGCAUAGUUUUAUUAUAAUAUGGGGUUGAAAUAAAUUGACGUUUAAAUUUA